GAGGCGAAUCGAAAGAUUUUUUUUUCUUUUAAAAACCCUUAUUUUUGUAUUAAAAAUACGUCGAACGUGUUAAAAGGGUCGGAUUAGGCGACUACUUGUCGCGGAAGAAAAAAAAAAAAAGCAGGAACGGGGUUUUAUUUUUAAAGACUUUAUUUUGUGUCGCGCGGGGGGGAGGGGGAGGAGUCGCGCUUGGCAACCACCGAACCCCGGCCUUAGCAACGGGCGGGGUGGAAAACUGCUCUCGAUAGAUAUCAAAUCCUUUUAUUUUUUUAAAAAAAAUAUAAUAAUCAGGAUUUAAACACCAAACUUAGAACGAGGAUGGAAAUUUAUUUAUAUUCCGCCUAUUUUAAAUCAGACGCUGGAGGCUCCCGUCCGCCGGGUGAACCAACAUGGCGGCGCCCUUGAGGGGAAUCUUCUCGCCGCAUUUGAUUCCUCGAGAAUCGACGGGGUUCCCCCCGCCCUUCUAAAAUCAGGAGCGCUCCGAGUCAUCGCCGACCUGCUUUACGUUUUCAAGGAGAGAGAGAGAGAGAAAACGAAUUGUCCAUCGUUCUCUGUCCCAGCUCUUCUCUUGUGACCUUUGACCUGAGGGGCGCACAAGAUGGCGGCGCCCAGGACGGCGGGUGCGUGAGACCGAGAGAGGCACCGACGCUGGAGGAAUUCACCGCGCGGAGAGGCUGAGCGGUUAUCGGAAUGCUGAUGAAGAGCCUGCGGCUGGUCACCCCAGUUGGCCGACUGGCUAAUCAUGGCCGUCACUUUCACCACAGCCCCAGAGUGUGGGAGACCUGUGCUGCACCACAGCCAGGCACAGCAGCUGCGAGACCAGUGUCUGUUUUCAGGACAAGUGAAAUGGAUCCUGGUCUCCACAAUGAGCAACAUGAAGGGCUGCACUACAGUAUCUCUCCCAGCGAUCUGAAAACCAUCUUCCCUCAUGGCCUGCCUUGUCGCUUCCAGCAGCAGAUUAAAACUUUCAAUGAGGCGUGUAUCAUGGUCCGACAGCCGGCGCUGGAGCUGCUGGCUUAUCUAAAAGCCGCUAAUUAUUCACACCCAGCCAUUCGAUAUGUCGUCCAUGGUCAGAGAGGAUGUGGGAAAACACUCACCUUGUGUAACGCAGUCCAUUUCUGUGCCAAACAGGACUGGCUAAUACUGCAUGUCCCAAACGCUUAUUUGUGGGUAAAGCACUGUAAAGAGCUGAUGCAGUCAUCCUAUAAGCAGGCUCGCUUUGACCAGCCCUUGGAGGCCUCAGUGUGGCUCAAAAACUUCCGGAUCACCAAUGAACGAUUCUUAAAGCAGCUAAAAACCCAACAGAAGUACAUCUGGAGUAAGCGGGAGGUGACUGAGGAGGGAAGACCUUUGGCUGAAGUGGUGGACCAGGGUUUAACACGAGUGAAGAAUGCCAGUGAUGCGGUCGGCAUCCUGUUUAAAGAGCUAAAGGCGCAGUGUCUAUCGGACACAUAUCGGAUGUUGGUGGCGAUCGAUGGGGUCAAUGCUCUCUGGGGUCCGACCACCAUGAAGAAAGAGGACAGAAGUCAGGUGCUCGCGGGUGAGCUCACACUGAUCCACAAUUUGAAGAAGCUGGUGAAUAAUGACUGGUCUGGUGGAGCGGUGGUCACAACACUAACCCAGACUGGAGCGCUGGGUUGCGCACAACUGUCCCACUUGCCUUUUGAACUGCUGAGGAAGGAAGGUUUUGAUGCCAUGGACCCAUUUGUCCCAGUUGAAGUGAAGAAUUACAGUCAGAAGGAGUUUGAGAGCUGCUAUCAUUAUUACAUAGACCGCAAGUGGAUUCAGCAUGAGAAAGCUUGUACAGAGGAGGGGAAGAAGGAGUUGAUCUUCCUCUGCAACUAUAACCCAGGGAUAUUGGACAGAAUCUGCGGCCCCCUCUGAGAAUCGGUGCUCCUGCUGUCGCCUGGACGUGUCUGAACUGCUGCCUCCUUCAACGAGGGAAAGACUCUGAAGUAACGUCCAGGACUUGGGUUCAUGAUGAUAUUUUCGCCCUCACUUCCCCUUUCCCCCACCCCCACCCCCCCAACCUUAUCCAAACACUCCAGAAUGGUCUGUGCCAACCCCACUGACACACGGCUGCCCUUCUGGCUUUCAAACCAGGGCUAUUUGCCCAACCUUUGCACGGCUGCAUUUUCAGGCAGCUGGUGGGAACCAAAAUCUGCUCUGUGGUUAGCUUCCACGCUCAACUCACUCAGCCCGACAGUCCCAAACCUUCCACAGUAACGCACAACUCUCUCCCACAGCUUGUAAGCAGAGAUAUCCAAACCUUGGUCUGCCGGCCUAUGGAACCAUCACUGUCUACCUUCCCUCCACUCAGUUUGGCACUCCUGCUGUGUUUGCGUUCCACCUGAAUUGGUCGGAGAAAUUCUGAAUAGACUUGUGUGGGACCAGCAUUGGGAGUGCAGGACCGGCGGUAUGAAAAUAUACCACUCGAUACACAAAUGGAGCAUCUUCCACAAACCGUUUGGAAUGUAGCUUUCUAUACUACAACUGCAUGUCUGUUCAUUCUGAAAUCUCCAUUUUUCAGAUCCUUUAAUUAACAUCAAAGUGCAAUUAAAGUAGUUUACUGUA